AUGUCUUCCUCUGCACACUGUACCGGGUCCAACUUCCCUGGGCGCCUGGAAGGCCCCAUCUGUAGCUCCAAUGCUGAGCAAGAUGACCACCGUCUUCCCAUGUUUGAGGACUUUGGGGAGGCUGUGACAAUUCCCCAUGGCCCCUCCAGUGAUGCCACCCUGGAAUGUGUGAGAGUGGACAUGAUGCAAAAUGAGAACAAGAGCGACCACCACUGUCACUUGUACGAAGGCAAAAACAACAUUCUCAUCGUCCGCAGAGCCCAAGAGUUUCAGAUGACCCUCCAGUUCAACCAGCCCGUAAAUCCCAGUGACAAAUUCCAGAUUGAGUUUUACAUUGGUAUCGAUACCUACGUGUUGAAUGGCACAAAGAUCAUCAUCUCCUUUGACGGCUCACAAACUGGGAAUUGGACCGGCCGCAUGAUACAGCAACAAGGGGAUGAGUGUGUGGUGGGCAUCACCCCUUCUGCAGACGCCAUCAUCGGGAAGUACUACACGAGUGUGGCGGUCAUCGGGUCCAAUGGAAUCUCAAGGACACAAAAGGACUCUGGAACAGACUUCUACCUCUUGUUCAACGCCUGGGCGUCCAAUGAUGAAGUGUACAUGCCCAAUGAGGAAGACAGGCAGGAGUAUGUGAUGAAUGAAAAUGGCUACAUAUACCAGGAGGAAUCAGGUCAUGGAAGACAAUGGUAUUAUGGUCAGUUUGUGGAAGGGAUUCUUGAUGCCUGUAUCAAAAUCUUGGAUGACUCACACAUGCCUCUAGUAAACAGAGGCGAUGCUGUCAAAGUCUGCAGGAUAGGCUCUGCAAUGAUGAACUCCCAGGAUGACCGCGGGGUCUUGGUGGGCAACUGGAGCGAUGACUACUCCCUUGGCACUGCACCAACCUUCUGGAUUGGCAGUGACCAGAUCCUGCUCCAGUACGUCAACAAAGGGCCCGUCAGCUUCGCCCAGUGCUGGGUCUACGCCGGGACAUUCAACACCUUUCUGCGGUGUCUGGGCAUCCCUGCCAGGGUGAUCACCAACUUCAACUCUGCCCACGACAACACAGGGAACAUAAUCACAGAUCUCGUCUUCAACUCAGUGGGAAAUGUACUUGAACUGAACGAGCGCCUUACCAGAGACUCAAUCUGGAACUACCACUGCUGGAAUGAGGCUUACUUGUCCAGACUUGACCUCCCUGCAGACCAGAACUUUGGUGGCUGGCAGGUGGUGGAUUCAACCCCCCAGGAAACCAGUGAUGGAUAUUACCGCUGUGGACCUUGCUCUGUCAAAGCCAUCAAGGAAGGAAUGCUUGGCUAUCAAUUUGAUGCCCCGUUUGUGUUUGCUGAGGUGAAUAGCGACGUUUACAAAUACAAGCUAAACUCACAAACUGGGAAAACUGAGUUACUAAGCGUAGACACAACUUAUGUCGGCAUGAAAAUCCUGACAAAGUCCAUUGGUGGAAACAAUUAUGAGCCAAUGGACAUUACAGGGACGUACAAAUACCCAGAAGGCAGUAGUAAAGAUGAAGAGACCAUGAAGAAUGCAGAGAGAACCUACAAGACGCAUUUGCAAUAUGACGAUGAGCAGGGCGUGGAGAUGACGCUGGAGAUCCCGCAGGAGCGUGUGAAGAUUGGCCAGAACUUCCAGAUGGCUGUGGUCUUCAGGAACCUGAGUGAAGACACACGCACCAUCCAUGGCUUCCUGGUCGGCUCCACGAUCUACUACACCAACAUCCAAAAGGCUCAGUUCAAGCAGUUGACCUUUGACGUCACUCUGAAACCCAGGGAGACGUCGAGGGUACAGGUGGGCGUGCUGGCCCAGAAUUACAUGCCCAAGCUGGGUUGCCAAUCCAGCCUCCGCUUCGUGGUGACGGCCAAGAGCAUUGAGAACAACCAGGACUUGAUGGCCAUACAGAUAGUGAACCUGAAAAGCCCCGAGCUGGCCUUUGCGAUGAGUGGACCAGCGAAGGUGAACCAGGAGUUAUUUGUGAAGUUGGAGUUCACCAACUCGUUCCCAAUCAGCCUGCAUGACGUGAGGAUGGCCAUACAAGGGCCUAAUUUCAUCUCAUACCGGGAAAAGUUGUACAGUGAGAUCUCUCCUGGCGCCUCCAUCACCUGGAUAGAGUCCUGUGUCCCUACGAGGUCUGGGAAUACAAUGAUCUAUGCUGUCCUGGACUGCUCAGUCCUUGGGAAUGUGCAAGGCAAUUGGGCCAUUGGCAUCCAGGCCUGAGCAUCGCACAGGAAGCCCUUCCCACCUGCUAAUUGCCUGCCAUCGACCGGAGAACCAUGGACGAAUAGAGGCUCUUGUAUAGAUCUGAAAGGAUUUGAUUGUUGGAUAAGCAAUUCCAUCUAGCCUAUUAUUCAACAUGUCCUCAGCUGGGUUUUGAACUCACAAACUCUUGGUUCAGAGCAUCCCGACCUUCCUGCUACACCAUCACGCCGGUGUCAAUUACAGAUUGAACCUGUAUUCGUACACUUUGGGUUUGAGUAAAGUAGAAAUCAGCUUUGUUAAAAAUACACUAUUAUAAAAAACGAUUAUAGUUAUCAUAGUGAUUCAGGAGUAACAUUAAAACAGAAUAAUAUCCCCCACAAACAGUAGACAACUAUUCAGAAAACUAUACUUAUUCUGAAAUAACUGUAUGAAAUCUAUGGGGAGAGAAUAAUAAGAUGAACUAAAAUAGAAGUGCAGAUGGCACUCUUUUGCUAAGUGCAGACAUGUAUUAUAGAUAAUGAAUGUGUAUAGGAAUGCUAUAGACGUUGAUGGGCAGCAGAAAGAUCAGCGUAACCCAGAAGUUGUCAAUUCUAUUCCCAGGUGGGGUCAUAUUGAAAAGUCACUACUAAGUGAUAAUCAUGUUGUCAUUGAUGAAAUAUUUUGUACACUAUUUUAGCUGAAUAGUGUACCAUUUACUUUUAAACCCACAUAUCAUUUGAUUCCCUUACACAAAAACACAUUCAAAAUCACAUUUUCACAUGUGAAGUACCUGUUUUCACACGUUGAGCGGAAAUUUUCACAUAAAAAAAGAGACUUGAGGUCAGUUCUUCACAUAUGAAACCACAUGUUCACAUGUAUUCAAUUUAGAGUUCACAUGUUAACACCACCUUUUCACAUAUGAGGAGAAUAACAUGUUUUCACCUCAUGUGGAAUUUGUUUUUCACGUGUGAAAACAUUCACAGAGGAACAUCUAACUCUCAAAUGUGUAGUUUCAUGGUAUCGUACGUAGACAUUUUGCAUCCCCAUGUUGUCACAUUUAUUUCACGAGAUCAUGUUUUCACAUGUGUAGGUUCAUGUUAUCAGAUGCUUUUACAUGUUGUCACAGAUGUUAUCACGUGAAAUGUAUGUGAUUUUUCUGUAAGGGAUUGCUUACACCGAUUAGAUUUUGUUACAGAAAGGGCUAGGGGCUAGGAGUUCAUUUGGAAUUGGGCAGAAGAGGGAGGGCUAAACCGCAAUAAGCGCAUCAGUUAAUCUUUUUAUUUUCUCUGCAAUGCCAAAUAUCAAUCAAAUCAAUGUAUUUUCAGGCAUUGGUGACACUUAAAGUUGAAGGGAACCUACAUAAGGACUUCAUCACACAUUCAUUAGCCAUAUAUGCUACAUUCAUAAUCAGUAGAACUGCAAGCUGACUUUAUUUAACUAGGCAAGUUAGUUAAGAACACAUUCUUAUUUACAAUGGCAUUCUACCCCGGCCAAACCCGGACGAUGCUGGGCCAAUUGUCCUAUGGGACUCCCAAUAACGGGCAGAUGUGAUACAGUCUGGAUAUGAACCAGAGACUGUAGUGACGCCUCUUGCACCGAGAUGCAGUGCCUUCUACCACUGUGACUUCUUUGAUAUGUCAGAGUAUCAUCACUUGCAUGUCGACUCUAAACAUCCUGUGUAAACUUGCAGUUGUUGACAUAGUUUUUUCAUAAAAGUUAACCCUUCACAAGUGUUUCCAAAGACUCUCGGACUAAAAACUUUAAAAAGUUAUGAUCCAUAUGAAUAUGAUGGAUAGAGUUUUUUUAUGUGUUCUAAUUAGAUUACAUUUAUAUAUCAUGGAUUUAAUUUGGUUUCGAAUCAGCCGCCUCAGAUUCGGGUUUCUGUUAUUUUCGAUCUGACAAACCUUUGCUGACUGUGAAUUUCUCACACAAUCAUGACCUUCAAUCUAAUCAACGGUCCAGUGUUAUCUGCAUUAGAUUUUAAUCAAAAACAAAAGGUGCUGCAUUUAAAGAAGCUAUGCGUAUUUGUGAAACAAAGUGAAAAAUGUUUCUUUUAGACUGGGAUUUUUGUUGCCAAAACGUUGCACAUCACCCACCUAUCAUCCUUAUAUAAAUCAUUUAAAAAAAGAAAAAAAUCACAAUGUAAAGCAGGAUGUGGGCACCAUUCCUCAGUUAUUUUGUUUGAUUGUUUUUUGUAUAGCCAGUAACAUUGGAAAACCGUAAUUUUUGGCUUUGCAUCAAACUAAACAUUUUAAUUCACUGCCAUUUACUGUUUUUAACAUUUCAG